CGCGCCGGGGACAGCGGCGGACGGCGGUGGCGGCGGCGGCAUGCGGCUUCUUGCGCUGUCCAUCGGGGGCUGAGACGGCCGCAGCACGGGUGGGAGGCGCGGCGGCCGGCAAGCCGAGGGCGCAGCCAGACAGGCAGACCGCUGUCAGCGGUCGGGGCGCCGCGCCAUGGGCCAAGCCGAGGGCGGGGGCCCGGGGCGGGGGCCGCCGCCGCUGCUGCUGCUUUUGGGGGCGACGCUGGUUCUCGCCUCGGGGGCGGUGCCAGUGCGCGAGGCCCGCAGCGUCGUCGAGGCAGAGGAGCAGGUGAAGAGCGUUCUGACGUGGGAGCCUCGUGGUAACUACACCGGGGAGAAAGACGGCCCACCAGCAGCUGGAGAAGAUGAGACCUCGCGGACUGUGCCCCAUGGCGAGCACGACGUGGUGAGCCCUGGAAUUGGGCCAGAGGAGGCGCUGGAGGCGUCGGCUGCCGUGACAGGAACAGCCUGGCUGGAGACUGACACCCCAGGCUUGAGUGGAGUGACUGCAGAGGCAGGCAGUGGAGACACCCAGGCACUUCCAGCCACGCUCCCGACUCCUGAUGAGGCUCUUGGGCAGUUGCCAUCCACCGCCACCCCUGAGGCUACAGAGGCCAGCGAACCACCCUCCUCCACCCCUGGCGACAAGCUGAACCCAGGCCCUGAGGUACCCAAGGAGAGCCCCUUGGAGGUUUGGCUGAACCUGGGAGGCAGCACCCCUGACCCUCAUGGGCCAGAGCCCACGUACCCCUUUCAGGGCACACUGGAGCCCCACCCAGCGUCAGACAUAAUUGACAUCGACUACUUUGAAGGAUUGGAUGGUGAGGGCCGUGGUGCAGACCUGGGUAGCUUCCCUGGGUCGCCAGGUGCCUCAGAGCACCACCCUGAUCCUGGAGGAGAGACCCCUUCCUGGAGCCUUCUUGACUUAUACGAUGACUUCACUCCCUUUGAUGAAUCUGAUUUCUACCCUACCACAUCCUUCUAUGAUGACUUGGAUGAAGAGGAGGAAGAAGAGGAGGAUGACAAGGAUGCAGCAGGAGGUGGAGACCUGGAAGAUGAAAAUGACCUUCUUAUGCCCACAGGGAAGCCUGGUCUGGGGCCUGGGACAGGCCAGCCCACCAGUCGGUGGCAUGCUGUCCCUCCACAGCAUACUCUGGGGAUAGUCCCUGGCAGCAGUAUUGCCCUCAGGCCCCGCCCAGGAGAGCCAGGCAGGGAUCUGACCCCAAGCGAGAAUGGCACUGAGUGCCGCAAUGGCUUUGUGCGACAUAACGGUUCCUGCCGGUCAGUGUGUGACCUCUUUCCAAGUUACUGUCACAAUGGCGGCCAGUGCUACCUGGUGGAGAACAUAGGGGCUUUCUGCAGGUGCAACACACAGGACUACAUCUGGCACAAGGGGAUGCGCUGCGAGUCCAUCAUCACUGACUUCCAGGUGAUGUGCGUGGCUGUCGGCUCGGCCGCCCUCGUGCUGCUCCUGCUCUUCAUGAUGACGGUGUUCUUCGCCAAGAAGCUCUAUCUGCUCAAGACGGAGAACACCAAGCUGCGGAGGACCAACAAAUUCCGGACCCCAUCUGAGCUCCACAACGAUAACUUCUCCCUCUCCACCAUUGCCGAGGGCUCUCACCCAAACGAUGAUUCUAGUGCUCCCCACAAAAUCCAGGAAGCUCUCAAAUCCUGCCUGAAAGAAGAGGAGUCAUUUAACAUCCAGAACUCCAUGUCACCCAAACUAGAGGGUGGCAAAGGUGACCAGGCCGACUUGGAGGUGAACUGUCUUCAGAACAACUUAACCUAAAGCAGAGCAAGGAGAGAGGAAAUGGGGGGUGGGAGGGUGGGGGAAGAAGCAUUAUCUCCUCUUGUACAGAGUCUAUUUCUUGUAACCAUUUGUUAAACUCCUUUCUUUUUCUGAUCUCAUGGCAUGCUUUGGUGUAUUUUGUACAGGAGGGAGAAACACAAAAUAAGCCAAGAACCUGAACAGAAUUGCAUACGUUGGAUUGUUUUGUCUGUGCUGUCUAUAUAUUGCUUCUGCUGCUGUGAUUUCUAAACCUAUGCUGUUAUUCCACUGACUUUUUUUUUUGUACUUUGACCCACCUUUUUUUGAAAUACCAGUAAAAAAAAAAAAAGUUCUUGAAAUAAAACUUUUUAAAAAGCCA